AUGGCGACCGUCGAAAGGAAAACGAUAGAAAACAUUCGCCAAAUUUCACCAGAAAUGUUAGCCCAAUUAAUUAAUUGCUUCGUUCAUAUUACACUGGAAGAAAAAGAAGAAUUAUCUGGUUGGAUUUGUACGAUUGAUCCUGUAUCUUACACAAUUGUAAUCGCUAAGGACUUAGAAGGGACUCAUGAAGAAAAUAAAUCGGUAGUGUUUGUAAUGGAAAAAGCUGUAAAGCAAAUUUACGUAGUCGGAAAAGUCGGAAAUGAACCAUCAUGGGUUAAGAAUUUUGCAUUCAAGAAAAAAGCAAAUCAUACAGACGAAGAACUCCGUAAACGCAAAGAGAAAUUAAUCAAAUGGUUAGAGAAAAAUCGUGUGCCAAUUCUUGCUGAUUCGGCAGAAACAGAAAACAUCCGAGUUGUUGGAAGUCUGGUAAUAGAGCCACCUUAUGAUGAAAACUCAUGUGAAGGAACAAAUGAAAUAGUUUUAGCGAGGAUAAGAAAGCUGUUGUGUUCCAUGCCUAUAGAAUGA